CGUGACCUCCACUUUCAGAGUGCGUGUGGGAUUAAAAAGUUAUUUCUCGCCUGUAAGGAAAUUUUUUUAUAUAUAUAGAAACUUUAAUCAUGGUUCACGAAAGAGAACUGAUCAUACACGGAGAUCCUGAGGAUGACGCUCCAGCAGUGGAAGAGGAGCCAGAGGAAGAGGAGGAGGAAGAGGAACUGGUGGACCCGUUAGAGACGGUGAGACAGACGUGUGAGGGGACGGAGCACUGCGUACACACACGGCACAAGCUGGAGGCGUGCGAAGCCCGGGUGAGCUCACGGCCAAACACGGCGGAAGACUGCACCGAGGAGCUGUUUGACUUCCUGCAUGCACGGGACCACUGUGUCGCACAGAAGCUCUUCAGUUUAUUAAAAUGAGCUGCACUACCCCCUACCUCACUGUUUAAUACACUUAUUUAAGAAGCAUCUUUGUGACCAGAAUACCUUAUUGUACAUGUCAGUAUGAUUUUUUUUUUUUUAAAUAGAGGUUUAAUUGUUUUAGUCAAAUUAUCAUUCUACAUUUACAAUUUAUUCCAUUAGCCCAUUUUAAUGGCAAAGUUCUCUUUAUGCAAAUUUUGUCCUGUGCUUGACGUACUACUUUUUGGGCCAUUGUUUAGCCAAAAACACACCUACAAAAAACUUGUAAAAUAAAAAGCAGAAUAUUAACAACAUACGUUACAAGUAACAUUUUGUUUUCCUCAACACCAGUUAGCUUUUUAUGGAUCAUUACUCCAGUUUAAAAACCAAGUUUCAAACACUUGAGAGUAAAAUCUGAAAUCCAAAGAUACUUGCAGUUCUGCAGCGAGGCCCCAAGGUGGCAGCAGAGUCAACGCCACAUGAGCAGAGGUCACAAAUGCGUUCAUUU